AUGGGGGAAAAACAGCCCGAGGCCGAGCCCCAUGCUGUGGUCGAUCGACACGAUGAGGCCGCGGUCUAUCUUGAAGGCCAUGGAGAUAUGUGCCCCGACGUCGAUUUGGUGGCCUUACGCCAUAAAAUUGAUCGACGACUGAUGCCGUACAUGUUCUGCUGCUACGUGCUGCAGUUCCUGGAUAAAGUCAUGCUAAAUUACGCGGCGGUAAUGGGCCUCAAGACAGACCUUAAUUUGGUCGGUAAUGAGUUCAGCAACACUGCAACCUGGUUCUUUAUUGCGUACUUGAUUGCGGAGGUCCCCAAUGUGUUCUGCCUUCAGAAAGUCCCUGCAGCUAAAUGGCUCGGCAUUAAUGUCUUCCUUUGGGGCAUCGCUGCGGCAGCUUCUGCGGGCGCGCAGGGUUAUCGCAGUCUACUUGCUGCGCGUAUUUUUCUUGGCAUCUUUGAGGCCACCGUUGGUCCAUCAUUAAUGUUGCUUAGCAGCCAGUAUUAUACCCGAAGCGAACAAGCUCCCCGGUUUACAUUCUGGUAUAUGGGGCUCGGCGUCGCACAAAUACUCGGAGGCAUCAUUUCUUUUGCCUUUCAGCAUGUCCACCAUGCAGCCAUGGACGGAUGGCGUAUCAUGUUUCUCGUGCUUGGACUUGUCACUGCGCUGGUGGGCACGUUGACGUUCUUCUUCAUUCCCGAUACGCCGAUCAAGGCCAAGUGGCUGAGCGAGGCUGAAAAGGUCGCACUCUUACAACAUGUAAGCGGGAAUCAAACCGGUGUGUGGAGCAAUACGGUGAAUUUGAAGCAGGUCGGAGAGGCGAUUUUGGAUAUCCAGCUUUGGCUCUUGACUCUGACGACAAUUUUGGUAUGCAGACUUCUAUUCUUCUAUUUCCAGGCAUGGUUUGAUCGCAUACUUACCUCCGUCAUUUUCAAGAUUUCUGUUUCAAGCGGCGUGGUGACCACCUAUUCAUCAACUUUGAUCUCAGGAUUCGGCUUCUCAGGCCCGGUCUCAGCAUUAUUGAACACGCCUUCCGGUAUCGUCAGUAUCUUCUUCACUCUGCUCGUUGGAUAUGGGAUUCGCAAGACCUCGCACCGCUGGGCAUGGAACGUCCUCUGCACUAUCCCAGGCAUCAUUGGCGGCGGUCUUCUGUCUUUUCUUCCCAAAAGCAACACUGCGGGCGUGCUGAUUGGCAUAUACCUGGUCAAUGCAAUCGUAGCAACUCUUCCAAUCCUUUACCAGUGGACUAUGACUAAUUGCGCCGGCCACACCAAGCGCGCGUUUGCCAGUGCCCUGGUCGCGGGCUCCUUUUCAGUCGGCAACAUCAUCGGCCCUCAAACUUUCCAAGCAAGAGAUGCGCCAGAGUAUCAACCCGCCAAGAUUGCCGUCCUCGCAACCCAAGCUGCUGCAGCGGUCAUAUCAGUAGUCCUCUUCUUCUACUAUCUAUGGCAGAAUCGCCGCCGCGAUCAAGCGCGGGGUACAGUAGACGAGGCGAUGGUCGACGAGACUAAAUGGGCAGGACUCACAGAUCAAGAGAAUCCUUCUUUCCGCUAUGCGUAUUAA